UUUGCAAUCACACACGUUUUCUUUCUGGAACGAAAAUGACUUGCAAAUUUGUAAAUUGAACUAAAGUUUUGAUUUUCUUGGUCAUCGACAUGUUUACGUAGAGUAUUUUGAAAAGCAUUUGUUUCUUACGAGUAAGCAAUCCACGGAAACGCAAAAUCUUAUUAGUGUUGGUGGAGGGUUUUUUUUUAAUGAUUUUCGGCUAGCUACUAAUUCGGGUCCAAACAUUGUAGUAGGCCCAGUAGAACUCGCAACAUCAUGGGGGACUCAGCCGGAGACUGGUGUCUAAUUGAAAGUGAUCCUGGAGUGUUCACUCAACUCAUCAGGAAAUUUGGUGUCAAUGGUGUACAGGUGGAAGAACUAUGGAGUAUCGAGGAUGAUAGUUUUGAUAACUUAAGACCUGUUCACGGAUUGAUAUUCCUGUUUAAAUAUCUUCAAAACGAAAAUGUACCAGUUGAUGUUGUUACUGACAGUCGUAUUGACCGGAUCUAUUUUGCUAAACAGGUGAUAAGCAAUGCAUGUGCAACCCAGGCAUGUCUCAGCAUCCUACUGAAUUGCACUCAUCCGGAUGUCGACAUAGGUCCAGAACUAAAGAAGCUGAAGGAAUUUAGCAUGUCAUUUGACCCCAAAAUGAGAGGGCUGACUCUCAGCAACUCGCAGACUAUACGGAGUGCUCACAACUCAAUGAGUCAACAAGCGGUCAUUGAGGUAGACCCUAAGGCACCGGCAAAAGAAGAAGAUGCUUACCAUUUCGUGAGCUACAUGCCGAUAGAAGGUCGCCUCUACGAGUUGGAUGGAUUGAGAGAUGGCCCAAUAGACCACGGCCCUGUCAGUCUAGAGCAAGAUUGGAUAGACGUGGUCCGACCGAUCAUAUUGAAAAGAGUGAACGCGGAUCAUCCUUUCCCUUGCAGGUACAACGAGGGGGAGAUCCACUUCAAUCUGUUGGCCGUGGUGUCGGACAGGAAGAUGAUUUACGAGCGGCAGCUGGAGGAGGUGAUGACCACGACGGGCCUGCUGGGCAUGGAGACGGACGAGUUCGACAGCGAGGUGCCGCGUCUGCGCAUGCUCAUCGACUACGAGGAGGUCAAGAUGGCGCGCUACCGGCAAGAGAUGGCUCGCAGGAAGCACAACUACUUGCCCUUCAUAGUGGUUCUACUAAAAAUACUGGCCGCCGAGAAGAAACUGAUGCAGGUGUACGAGAAGGCCAAGGAGCGCGCGUCGAAGAGAGGCCACAAGAAAAUGAAAGUAUAACAUGAGCCCCGGGCCGGCGCCCGGGAGGAAAAAGCGCCGGCCCCCGUCGCCCCACGACGAGCCUCCCACUCCAGCCCUUCCCGCUUGCUAGAGGAUUCCGAGGAAAUGCCGUACACGUUAGCCGACUUAGAUGCGAUAUACAGAGACCCCACCCAAGAGCCCAAGCCCACGCCCCCGCCUGCCUCCGAGGCGCAGGAGGCGGCCACCGAAAACUCGCUUGAGCAAGACCUCAACGCGCUGCAAGAGACGCUGGACAAAGACAUGAUGGAGAUGGAAACUGGCCACAUCGGCAUCUUGCCGCCGCCUCCGCAAGUCAUCGAAGAUGAGUCGCUGGAGCUCCAGGAGAUUAUGGUGGACAAUGUAGUGGCUUCAGAAGUGGUUUUAGAGGACGAUGUGUUCGAUCGCGCGGAACUUUUGGAUGACGACCCUCAAGAUACUCUAAAAGACGACUUCGACUGACUAAACUUUUUCUAAAUAUGUACCAUUGGCAUGCAAUAAUGGUACAUAUUUAGAAAUUUGCCCAUUUGCGCUAAUAACGCAGUCAGUAGUCGGUAUGACUAUUUUAGAGAUAGAUUUUUGAUCAAGAUUCAUUCGGCCUUACAGAAUCAAUUUAAUUUGCAUUGCAUGCAUGCACCAUUCAGUUCAUUUUUGGCAUUACAAAAUCAUUAAAUAUCGUCUUACAAAUUAUAAUUAUAAAUCAAUGUAUCUUGAAAUCAUGUUAGUGGGCUACUUUUAAAGUUAAAGUGCUUCAUAUACCUAAUGUUUAUGGUA